AUGGAUCAAGACGUUAUGGGCGAGGCCGACGGUUGGGCGGCCGCAGAAGCCCAGCCAUUAGGUCCCCUGUCCCACCCCGACGAGAGUGCAUUUGAGCCGGAACUCAACAUUUUGUAUGGGGCAUACGAUGCGUAUCGAGAGAUAGAGGAUAUGGAGCCGGAGGAGGAGGAGGGAGGGACGGAUGAUACUCAGCACGCACCAUCUGGAGCGGGAGAGGGGAUCGGGGCUGCCGGGGAGGCCGGGGAAGCCGGCGCGGCCGGCACUAGCACAUCACCUGCCGGGGAGGCCGCGAACACCGCCGAUAGCGCCGAGGCUGCCGGGCAUGCCGGGGCUGCCGGGCCCGCCAGGGCUGCCGACGAGCGGCCCCCGCCACGAAGUUCGGCGGCCAUUCCUCGAUACAAUCUCCAUGGCUUUGCAGUCUUAACUCUCGUCCACGACAACGGGGUUCAUGGACUGGGAGUAAACUUUUGCAAAUGCGAAGGGCACCUUCCUGAGCAUGAGCAGCUCCUGAUGGAUGGCUUGUUCCCAGCCAGUACCAAGGAUCCGGCGACAGCCUACGACGUCGGAAGCUUGGAAAAGGCCCUCAUAGAGGAAGUUGAGUGUCAUACGCCUGUUGAGUCGUAUUGGAAGAAGAUUUGCCGCUUUACGGUCCCAGAAGAUCCGGCUGCCACCGUGAACAAAUAUGCGAUUACAACUCGGGUUCAUAGGGAGUUUAGAGCUCUGAGAGAGUAUACAGAGUUUGGAUUUGCCCAUCAAGACCCCACCCAACGCCGGGAACCGCAGGCCGGUGAGAUGGCCUAUCGCUGCAUUGCGUGCCCUUACAUCUGGAAUGUCCCUCGAAACUUCGAUCUUUUGCCACAGCAUCAGAAGGACAGGUACUUCAAUGCAUGGACCAUAGAUGGUAACAUGAAGGCGGAACACACAACGCCCCGUCGUCCGGGAAAUAAUGUCCAAAUCUUUCCGGGCACAGGGUUUCUAGCAGACCCUGACGACUUUGCCAGAUGCACGAAGGUCGCCAAGACUGACCGUGAUCUUCCUUCCACACAGUGUCAAGCACAGGCCGACUACGCGCUGAAUAACUCUAUGAAGUUGAAUCUGGACCCACGAAUUUCCACACGCCUCAUUAUCGGCUACGAUAUCUGGUGCCAAUACGGGGUUCAUCUACUGGAGCGCUUCCGCCGUUUCGGGCACCUCUCUUUCCCAGAGUUUUUGACUGAACUCACCAGAAUCGUGGGUGCCUGGCACAUUUUUGCGCAUGUUAGAGAGUGCUUCGGCCGGUUCUCAGGUCUGUAUGUUUGGGGCAUCGGCUUCAUCGACAUGGAGAUUCUCGAGACGUUAUGGUCUAUUCUCAACAUGAUUACCCAGUCAUGUCGGAAUAUGUCCCGUGCCAAUAGGGAGGAGACCAUCAACUUCAACAUGAACGACAUGAACCUGAAGAAAAUUCGUAACAUGAGUAAGUCGGCCGCGCCCGGCAGCCGCAUGACACCUCUUCGGCACCCCGGCACCCCCGGCAUGCCGGUUACUGACAUAUCUUCAGCUUCCACGAUCAUUCGCAAGUACAAGAAGAAGGUGGCCAUUCGCGAACGUCGUAUGGCACUGCUCGAGACCAUGGACGGUCUAUGCUCUAGUAUUAGCCGUGCGCGCUGGAAGCAUCAGCUGCAGGUGGUGUACCGUGAGCGCACGGUCCACUUGCGAAACCCUACAAGCUACAAUGCGAAGUUUAUGGACGACUUCCUGAACAGCUCGUUUAUAACACCCGACAAGCACGCGGUCGAGACAGAACUGAUAGAACGCGAGAAGGAGGAAUCGGACGAGCCUGGCCUUGUCAAGCUCAUAAUGAAUGGCCUUCAAAUUGAGAUUGAGCAGCUCAGCUGGCAGGCAUUCGAAAAGAACUACUCUCCGCUCUCAGAAUCCAAUCAACGCAAGCUUAGUGCGGCCAGGGCUUCGCUCAAAGCCAGGGUGAAGAAACACAACACGCUUGCAGUUGAGCUUCUAGGUCGUCUCCCGGAUGGCGAUCCCUUAUUUGGCACUGGGGUGAGGUUGGGUGCUCUCAAUGAUGACGAGGACACAGAACCAGGGGAAUGGCGCCGAGCCCGGCAGCCGGAGGCCCGGCAGCCGGGUACUCGGCACUCAAAUCUUCGGCAGCCGGAGUACAGUCCCGUUGACCUUCCUUCCUCACGAGGCCUUCCUCUGGACACAGCUGUGAUGGCUCGGGCCGGUGCCUACGAGAUUGCCCUACGUGUGGCAUGGAUGGCACAUCUUUUGCACGAGAUCUGCAUGAGCCUUGUCGUACAAGUCGAGAUCUUUCGCCGCACCAUCAAACGCACACCAGGAUCACAUCCAAUGACGCAACGGGACAAAGCCCAAAGCUCCUCCAAUAUGCGCGAGCAGUAUCAGUCUGUCCGUGUUUACGCUCAGCAGUAUAACGUCUUCCGCGAGCGGAUGCGAGGGCUGCAACCUGCCAAAGGCUUCAAGAACGCACAUGCCGAGUAUGCCGAGGCUGCCGAUCGUGACCGGGGUCGGUAUAGGCUUUUGCAGGCCAAGGACAUACGCUGCGAUGUCAACGCGUACGACUUGCUCAACUCUCACACGUUCAAGCUUCCUUGGUUUUGGAAGCUUACCGCCCGUCGCGAAGACAUUUCUGACGAGAUGUUCGUGCAAGAGU